GUAGGAGAAGCUUCAGUGUGUGAAUAAGAGCAUUGUGAGGGUGAACUCUGAGAGGGUAUCUGCCUCUCUGGUAGCCAUGUUAGCAAAAGUUUGAACGGUCUCCAGCAAUAAAGAGUAGUAGAGAGUAGGUUCUUAACUGGUAAAUUCUCUUGAUGAAGGGUGGAUGUGAAGCUGGACAGCAAGGAAUCAUGUGCAUAUAAUCAAUCACUUGCAGCUGCUUCUAGUCCCAUUGCUUCCUGUAUGGUGCCUAGAUACUGCAUUUAUUUCAAGCUGCGACGCACUAUUGCUUCCGUGUUGUAAGCUUUCCUCACCACCUCCCCAUUUUCUAGAAUUUGUUCUAAAGCUUCAAAGAACCAUUACGGAGAGCAAAGAUUCAUUUCUGCCUCAGUGUUAUUUCAUUCCUUCUGGGUUUCUCCUCGUAUAUUCAGAAAGAUAUGGUCCAGGAGGUGAGACCAUGGACUAAAGUGUCCGGUUCUCUUUUGAUAUCCAUUGUGGGGUGCAGUAUCCAAACUCUGGCAUCUUUCCCUCUCUUUUUUUCUAAUCUUCUUGUUUAGAUUUUUGAGUUAUUAACAGUUUGUAUUAGGUAAGUGAUUCAGAUAAUACUAUCGAACCUCGAUUCGGAUGCUAUAGCCCUUGCAGGGAGGUGGUUUCGAUUUCGAAGGGCAUCAGCCCUUGUUUCGAUCCAUAUAUUUAAAUCUCGAUUGCAAAAGGCUUAUUGUGAUCUGUCUACAGACCUGAGCUGCCACCCAGGUGGGGGUGGGGUGGUAUAUGAAUUGGAUAGAUGGUGGGAAAUAGUUUCUUCCAAUUCUAAUUAAUUUAAAAAAAUGGUGGGGUUUUUGUUUACAGAAUUGUACAAAAUGUCUCCAUGUGCUGGACUUACACCAGAACAAGUCUAUUUUAUUUCUCUCCGAGUUGUUUGCAUGGAUUUGUGAAGGCUCAUAUGAGACAUUUUCUGGGAACCAAGUUGACGUCUUGAAUGCGUAUUUCACUUGGCACCACCCUCCUUUCCUACCCAAAGAUUGUUAACAGGGAUCUUCUUCUCAGAGAAUUUGCAUCCAGGAAGCAAUGGCAAGAGGUUCUUCUUCAUUACCACAAAAUAAGAAGAGCUGCUCUGCCACCACACCCAGAUAUCAUCCCUCCCAUCUUCAAAGCCUGCGCAAGCCUUCAGUCCGUGAAAGAGGGGAUCUCCAUUCAUGCCGAUGUGAUCAAAAUGGGCUUCGAGUCCUGCACUUCCAUCAGCAAUACCGUCAUGAGCUUCUACAUCAAAUGCGGCAUGACCGAUUCGGCGAUGAGUCUCUUCGAUGACAUGAUGAACAAAGACUCUGUUUCGUGGAAUGUAAUUAUCCAUGGGUUCCUGAGUCAUGGCGAGUUCGAAGCUGGAUUGAGUUUGUUUAAUCAAGCAAAAGUUUCAAACUUUGAGCCAAAUGUAUCCACAUUGGUGCUUGUAACUCAGGCUUGUUGGAAACUGGAUGCUAUUGAAGAAGGUUGGAAUGUUCAUGGGCUUGUUAUAAAGAAUGGGUUUUCGCAUGAUGUUGAGGUCCAGAACUCAAUGCUUUGUAUGUAUGCGAAAUGUCGAGAAUUGGUGUCUGCAAGGAGGUUGUUUGAUGAAAUGGGUGCAAGAGAUGUGAUUUCUUGGAGUGCAUUGAUCAGUGGUUACGCGCAGAGUGGGGAAGCUGCAGGUGCACUGCAGCUGUUUCGAGAGAUGUCUAAUGAGGGUACUGUUGAUAUCGAUGGGCUUGCUGUGGUUAGUGUUCUUCAAGCUUGUGGUGGUGUUGGGGAUAUCAAGCAGGGGAGGUCCAUCCAUGGCCAUCUGAUACGUAGAGGUUUCGAAGCUGACCUGUUUGUAGGGAAUGCUCUUGUUGAUAUGUAUUCAAAGUGCCAUGAUGUGGGUUCUGCCACUAUGGCCUUCAACUUGAUGCCUCACAAAAAUACUGUGUCGUGGAAUAGCAUUUUAGCUGGAUUGGUUCAAAAUGAAAAAUAUAUGGAAGCAUUGUCGCUAUUUGAUUUGAUGAGGACCGGGGUUGAGAGUGAUGAGGUGACUCUGGUGGCACUGUUGCGGUUAUGCAAGAAACUAGGUCAAGCAUUCUGGUGCAAAUGCAUCCAUGCCAUGGUCAUUAGGAGACAUUUUGUAUCAAAUGAACUGCUAUUGAAUUCUUUAUUAGAUGCUUAUGCUAAGUGUGACCUCAUGGAACUUGCAUUGAAGUUGUUUAGACGAAUGAAGAAGCGGAAUGUGAUAUCAUGGAGUGUGAUCAUGGCGGGCUUCGCACACUGUGGCAAGCCUGAUGAAGCAGUUGCCUUCUUCAGUGAGAUGCAACUGGCAAAAGAAAAGCCCAAUUCAGUAACCAUCCUGAGUCUUUUUGAAGCUUGUGCAGUUUCAGCAGAACUGAAACUGUCAAAAUGUGCUCAUGGUGUGGCAAUCAGGAAUGGUUUAGUAGAUGACUUAGUUGUUGAUACCACUCUUCUUGACAUGUAUGCAAAGUGUGGGGACUUGAAUGCCUCAAAAAAGGUGUUUCAGAGGAUGCCUGAGAGAAGUGUGUCGUCGUGGAAUGCAAUGAUAGGGGCACUGGGAAUGAACGGUCGUCCCUGUGAAGCCCUCGCUACUCUUCAUGAGAUGGAAUCGGACAAUGUGAAGCCUAACGGAGUUACUAUGCUUGCAGUGUUAUCAGCAUGCAGACAUGGUGGUUUAGUGGAGGAGGGCUUCUCUUAUUUCCAACGGAUGCUGCGAGAUCCAUUACUCCAGCCUAGCUUGGAGCACUACUCUUGUGUGGUUGACAUGCUGGGAAGAGCCGGAGAUCUCGUCGGUGCAUUGGAAGUAAUCAAGAGUAUUCCUGAUGGACUUGAAGCUGGUCCUGCUGCUUGGGGUGCUCUGCUAAGUGCUUGCAGAAGCCAUGGGAAUUAUGAGCUUGGGAGAUGGGCUGCCUCUCGCGUCCUUGAGUUGGAGCCUUUUAAUUCAGCAGGAUAUCUGCUGACUUCAAGCAUGUAUGCAAAAGGUGGGUCCAUCGACGGCUCAGCAAAGAUAAGAUUGUUGAUGAAGGAGAAGGGAAUGAGGAUUGUGAGUGGUUACAGCGUGCUUCAUGUAGGCCGAAAGGCUCACAAGUUUGUAUCCUGGGAUGGGUCUCACCCUCAGUCUAAAGAGAUUUAUUCCAUGGUUGAGCUUCUCCACAGUCAUCUGAAGUGGACUGAGAAACAUGAUUGCCUAAUUACAUAGAAGAAUUUUCGUCAUUCAUCAUUUAUUUUUAUUUUUAUUUUUAUCUUUUUGGUUAAAAAUUUUGCUGGUAGUAGACACUGAUCAUAGCCUGGUAAUUCUUUUUGUGCCUAAGAACUACAAGUAAGAGUUGGAGAGAUUUGUUAUGAAAGUGCUUCAUUCAAUACUAAUCAGGUACCAACCACUUUAUUUUCUUCUUUGAAGCAGUGAGGGCAUGAACAUUGCUGGGCUAAAACAAAAUUUUACGAUGGCGGCUGAAAACAGGUAUUGCUUGGCUUUCAGCAGUAAUAAAAGAGCCAAUCCAUGUCACACAGUGGAGACAUCAUAAGGAGUAUGCAGUUGUUUGACAGCCAACCAUUACACAUGUUUUGGGUUAAAGUUCCAAUGGUUGAAUUACUGGAGUGGUUGCUGCAAUUGUGAAAAACUGAAGGUGACUACUGCUUGAUGUCAAGCAUUAUUGAGGAAGAUUGUACAGGGGAUCUUUGUACAUAAAAAUGUAAGUCCAUUUUUUUAUGUUAAAAAUUGUAAUCCAAUUGGCCCUCAAAUUUGAACUA